AUGACCGUGGAGAACUACCCGAAGGUGGCCAACGUCGGGUUAUACUACGAGCCCACUGGGGGGGGCGAGUACAUCGAGAUACCCACCACGGACAAAAUGCACGUGAGCCUACUCAAGGACCACGUGCAGGCCCAGCUCUUCAAGGACCAGGUUGUUGUGCGCGGCUACUGCGCGCAGCCUGGCAUGGUACCUACCACGGCCAACCUGCACUACACGCCUACGCCGUACAAGACCAAAGAGGUGUACGAGACCCACUACUACAUCCGCAUCCAUUUCGGCAAGUACAUCGACGUCAAGUACGCCAACGUUAUGUACUACCCUUUCAACGAGGGCGACGACCAGGACAAGGAGUAUAACAACGGAGGCUCGGCCAUCGGCAACGCCAAGAACGACGGGGACAACGACAACGUCAUCCACCUGGGAAAGCGCCAGCGGGCGACCUAG